AUGGCCAAGCAGCGCAAGCGGCGUUGGUGGCGGCGGGGAGAGCGGGAGGAGAGGGCGGUGACCGUUCAAGAGGAGAGGGCGGUGACCGUUCGAGAGGAGAGGGCGGUGACCGUUCGAGAGGAGAGGGCGGUGACCGUUGGGCUGCUGAUGGGGCUGGCGGAGGUUCCGAGCAUGCGAUUGGGGCUACCGAUGGCUCUGCACCGCACUUGCUUCUCCGGCACCGGUUUCUUCCCCAUGUUUCCCGCCCCUGCAACAAGAGCGCACCGUUCAGGGGAAGCCUGCGGGCUGCCGAGGCUGCGCACUGUGCCUCCACCCCGCACCUUCUUCCCCAAAAUGGAAUUCUGCCCCACCCACUCCCGCCCCUACAGCACUGUCUCCCUCGUCCCUCUCAUAGCCACUAGCGGGAUGAAGCGGGAUGAAGCAGACCAACGGUAUAGAGCAUCAGCAUCUCCUCCACACCUCCUUCCCCCUCCUCUCCCUCCUCAACCCCCAUCUCGCACCACUUCCCACUCACCCGCCUCACUCGCAUUUCCCUCUGCCGCUCCUGGCUGGCUGUCACACCUGCCCCAAUCAGUCACAACGUUUCAAAUCAAAGCUACUUACACAUUGCUACUUUCUCCCACCCCCCCUCCGAUCACUCACAGCUUCUCUCUCUCUCUCACCCACCUCACUGGCAACUCCCUCUGGCUCCUACUGGGCUGUCCAACCGCCACCGGCCUCUCCUUCCAGUCACCCAUCAGGUUGGUUGAAGGGAGUCCUUCUCCCGCUCGUUUCCCUCUCCUGGAAUCUCCUUCUUCUGCUCUUUCCCUCUCCCACUUUUCCCUCACCCACCCCUCCCUCACCCGCUCUUCCUUCUCUCACCUUUCCCUCUCCCGCUUCUCCCUCUCCCACUCUUCCCUGCCUUCCCUGCCUGCCCCCACCGUUCUCUCCCUCUUUGCAGGCAGGCCCUAUCUGCGCAAGGCCAAGAGCGCCGCCCUCAUCGCCAUCGCCCUCGUGGCCCUAUUUGAGGCAUUAUUUUCUACAACUGUGCUUCCCUCCGCCUCUUCUCAGCAUUCACCGUCCUCAUCUCGGCAACAGCAAUGA